UGGAAGAGGAUGGCUGUGGUGGUGCUCGUUGAAGAAAAGAACAAGAGACAAGAUCUGAAGGAUUUCGAACUAAUUAAAGCCAGAUCUGAAGGUUUCAAAGAACACCUGAUCCAAAUAUGGGGGUUUCGAAUCAGAUAUGUUGGAGUUCAGAUUGCGGAGACAUCGAAUUGCAGUGACCUUGUUUUCAUGUAAAUUGAUUCGGUGUCUCAGGUGUGAAUGCGUGGAGUUGAAAGUUCCUGUAGAGGAUGAGGACCAAGGUUUGAAAAAUGGAUGUGAAUUUGAGACUGGUGGUGGUAAAGAGAGCAAGGUGACUAGUAGUAGAGAUGAUCAGUUUGAAAUGAAUAUCAACCAAGUGAGCAAUUACAGCUAUGCAGAAGCUGAGGCAUUGACUGAUGAUAUUGAAGUUGCGUUUAAUGCAAACACCACUCAGAACUAUGUUGGUUCUAGAAGUUUUAUUCAAGAAACACAAUCCCUGUAUUCUGUAAGAUUGACCAACCAACUCGUUGCAGAUACCAGAAUGCAGAUUGGAGACUUCGCCCUCUCCCUGAUGAGAUGCUCAGCAUCCACUGAGUCUGAAAAUUCUGAUGAACCGCUGGUGGAGGGAUUUGAAGUGAUAGAUAUAAUUUUUGAUGUCAAGCACUGCUUACAGGGAUUUGUUAGGAUGGCUAAGGAUCUUAACGCUAUUGUGAUUGCCUUCAGAGGCACUCAGGAACGCAGGAGCAAACUAAGCAUGCUGACAAGCAACUCAUGUAUCAAUGCCGCUGUUCUUUUCUUGAGAUUUACAAUGAACAAAUCACUGAUUUGUUGGAUCCAAGCCAAAGAAACCUCCAGAUAAGAGAAGAUGUCAACUCUGGUGUCUAUGUUGAGAAUUUGACAAAGGAAUGUGUAUCUACAAUGAAAGAUGUCACACAGCUUUUAAUGAAGGGAUUGUCAAACAGGAGGAUAGGUGCAACAAGUAUAUAUUUGGUUGUGUGUAAUGUUAAAAAAGAAGUGCUGUGGCUACUGCCUGUCAUGUAACAUAUGAAGGAACUUGAUAAACAUUCUUGCAGAAGUUUCCCAAUCAGGAAAGCAAAGGCAUAUUCCCUACAGAGAUUCCAGGUUGACAUUUUUAUUGCAGGAAUCUCUUGGUGGAAAUGCAAAACUAGCAAUGGUCUGUGCCAUUUCUCCUGUGCAAAGCUGUAAGAGUGAGACUCUAAGCACACUGAGAUUUGCCCAGCGUGCAAAGGCUAACAAGAACAGGGCAGUCCUUAAUGAAGUAAUGCAGGAUGAUGUGAAUUUCUUGCGUGAAGUGAUAUGGCAAUUGAAGGAUGAACUGCUUCGGAUGAAGGCAAAUGGAAACCAAGCUGACCCUUAUGGAGGUUAUUCAACAGGGUGGAAUGCUCGUAGAAGCUUGAAUCUCCUGAAAUUUAGCCUCAAUCAUCCAAUGAAUUUACCUCAUGUUGAUGAUGACAGUGACGAAGAAAUGGAAAUUGUUGAGGAGGCUGAUCAAGUUGGUGUUCAAUCAACAAAUGCCAUGUAUGUGGGCAAUCUGGGAACUUCUGGGUACCCUCAACCAAACACAUCUGAGAGUGCAUGUGAUGAAAAUGAAGGCUGUAAGGAUACAGACGUCAUUAUGGAAGAAGAAGUAUCUGAACAAGUUGACAAGCAUGAAAUCAUCACUUUUUGGCUGAGUGUAGAAUCACAGAUAUAUUCACAAUGCAAUAUGUAUGAAGCAGGACAGAAGAAGGUGGCUUUCAAAUAUCUAAUAGAGAAGGUAAUUUGUUUUAUCUUGGCAUUCUAUCAAUGAUAUCUGAAACUUCAUAUGAAGACAUUAGCGACUUCAGGAAAAUGUUUCUUUAAUGGCACAAGUUUCUUGUUGUAUUGGUCAAUUCUAAAUAAUUGGUAAAAAAGAAUCGACCAAUGCAACAAGAGAAGUGAAGGACUUGAAAAGAGUUUGGAAAAAUUGGUCAAACAUACAAAAUUGAAGGAAACCAAUCAGAAAAUAGAAACUCUGCUGCAAAAUGUGGUAAGGUGAGCAAUUUAGGCAAGCUUUUAUAAUUUAAAAAAAAAAAA